AUGGACAGCUCUCCCGCCUCGCCUUUGGCCCCCAGGGAUCCCAGCUCCCCUGAAUCUUCGAUCGGCGAACAAAUAGCCACUCUACAGGCCCAGCUUGCCGCUCUGCAGGCCUCGCAACCCGCCGCCGCCGCAGCCGCCGCACCCCCGGCCGUCACCGUCGUGCCGGGGAACGCCGCCACCGCAUCCAAGGUCGUGUUUCCCAAGCACGCUCGUCUGGACGGCCCCAAGUCGUUCACCAACUGGUUGCGUCAACUCCGUCUUGCACUCCCGAACCAGGUUCGUGGUUACGUUCUCGACGGUGUCGUUCCCCCGACCUGGACCGCCGACCAGCUUGCCGCACGUGACGACGCCGCCCGGGAAAUCAUCGUUGGCUCUAUCGACUCCGCCGACGUAUCGGCCACCCUCGACGCCAUCCCCAGCGACGACCUGUCGGCACCGCGCAUCUUUGCCGCUCUCAAGGCUCGUUUUGCACCGGACGACGCUACACGCACUCUCGAGUUGUUCGCUCGCCUUUGGGACUUCAGGAAGAUGCCUGCCUCCGUCGAGGCCUACGACACUUGGCUACGCGAGUACAUGUCGAUUGCUCAGGAAAUACGCGACGCCAAAACAUCGCUCAACGACGUGCUCGCCACCCACGUGCUCGCCAUGGUCCCGUCUUGCCUCGACAGCUUCCGACUCACGUUCACGGACGAGCAGCGAAACCGACGCGACCUUCCCGAACUCACGACGCUUACGGACCGCAUUCGCAUCCAGCUUCGUUCGGCAGGACUCUCGACCUCGCAUUCGGCCAUGCUUGCCACCAGCUCCCCCUGCCCCGCCUGCCGCGCUCCCGGUCACCGCCUGCGCGACUGCACUUCACGUGCGAAGCACCCGCCCACCGGCCCCUGCCGCCGAUGCCACAAGAAAGGUCACUGGGCACUCGACUGCAAGAACCGGGGUGAACAGUGUUGAACUUCGCUCCAUCUCACUUCUAGGACAAUAUGCGCUCACUGAAGUAGAGGUGCCUCGCCUUUUGGUGCAGUGGUAUAUUGUUCCUUCAUAAACAGGCACGUAGCAGCGACGACACCCAGGACGACACGUCUUCCUCCGCGGCCUCGCAACCGAACGUCGGCUAUUUCGCCUCCUGCCUCUUCGCUCGUCGCCAACUCCCAACUGACGCCUUUGUAGUCGAUUCGGGUGCCACGACACACAUGGUCGCCGACCGAUCUCUAUUCACGACUUAUCGUCAGACGGCACACACCAAGAUCGGCGGCAUCGCGGGCGGCAUCACGGCUAUCGGCAUGGGGGACGUGGCAUUCGUCGCCAAGACUGGACACCCGAUCACGCUCCGUGGUAUUCUUCACACGCCUGGCCUACACGUCAACCUCCUCUCUGUCUCUCGCCUCUGCGACACCGACCGCGUUCGUCUCGCCUUCACCAGCGACGGCAUCGACAUCGCCAAGGACGGCCGGGCCAUUGCUCACGGUACCAGGGUCAACGACGGUCUUUACCUUUUGGACGCGGAUCACACCAAGUGUCAGCAUCUUGCCUUCCUCUCACGCUCUGAGUCUCCCGUGCCCCUGCUUACCCUACACCGCUGCCUCGGCCAUCUUGCCCCAUCCUCUAUACAGAAGAUGAUUGCUGCAGGUUUGCUGGACGGGUUUGGGGCCGGGUACAGUGACAAAGACGUAGAGGAGUUUGUUUGCAAUGCUUGCCUUGGUUCCAAAGGUCACCGCCUUCCCUUUCCCGACUCUGAGUCGCAUUCCGCCGAGAGACUUGGCCUCGUGCACAGCGACGUCCUGUCGUUCCCCACUCCGUCCUUGACCGGGAAGCGCUACCUUGUCACGUUUCUAGACGACCACUCUCGCAAACUCUGGGCAUAUGCGAUCGAUCACAAAAGCGAUGUUUUCCCGACCUUCCAGACUUGGCUCGCCGAAGUGGAGUUAGAGACGAACGCGCGGUUGAGGAUCCUUCGAACCGACAAUGGCGGGGAGUACCGAUCAAACGCAUUCACGGAGUUCUGCAAAUCCAAGGGCAUUCGUCGUCAAUACUCUAUCCCUUACACGCCUCAACAAAACGGUCGCGCCGAACGUGUCAACCUCUCCAUCGUCGAGGGCGUCCUCGCUCUCCUUGCGGACGCCCGUCUGCCGGCCACCUUUUGGGAUGAAGCGGCUGCGUAUUUCGUUUAUUGCAAAAACAGGUGCUCACACUCAGCUUUGGCCAAACAGACUCCAGAAUCCGUUUGGAACGGCCAACGCACCACCGCCACCGCCCUCCACCCGUUCGGCUGCACAGCCUGGCUCACGGUCGCCCCGGACCUUCGCAGCAAGCUCGACCCCAAGGCCGCGCGCGUGAUCUUCACAGGUUACGACCUCGCCUCCAAAGCUUUCCGUUUCUUUGACCAUUCCAUCAACAAGAUUGUACUUGGUCGCAAUGCCACCUUCCUCGACGACGACUUCCCCGGCCUGCCAGUCACCACGCCCGUCGAUGCAGACGACACCGACCGUCAGUUCGUCGUUCCCGCCGACACGCCCGCCCCUGCCGUCAAGACGAGGACCCCACUAGUAAGGUCGGCGCACAUGGACGUCUCAUCCUCCCUUGAUGAUUCUGCCAUGAGCGCCGUUGACGUGGCCCCAGGGUACACUGGCGGAACCUUACUUAAUUCCACAGAUACCGAAUCGUCCUCGUCACCGUCUCCUGAGCCGUCCUCGUCACCGUCGCCCACAAACCCUUUGUCACCGUCGCCUGCGCUGUCACCGUCGUUGGCAGCGUCAUCGUCACCCUCGGUCUCACCGACCGACUCUGACUACUCCGCCGACCCUCUGGACCUCAUCGGCUCACAGACCCCGACUCGCCUUGGCCCACCGGACGUGCACCGCCCAGACUUCAGCACGUACCGUGAGCCCGCAUCGGCUGAGGAGUCGCCCGACGAACUCGACAUCAUUGGGCGUCACUCGCGCGAUGAAUCGCCGGAUGAAAUCGAUUUCCUCACCCAACAUGUCAGGCAAACAGCGAUACACUGA